AUGUUAUGUGAAGAAAAUAGUGAAUUACAACUAUGUAAAAGUGCACUUGAUUUUUCAAAUAAAGAGGAUGAUAAUGAUGAUGAUAUAAAUUCUGAUAAAUAUAAAGUUAAAUCUGAUAAGGCAUCUGUUCCUCGUAUUUUCUUAAAAAUAAAAACUUGUAUCGCUUUGUAUGCAAAACAUCAAAUUUUUGGCAAUAUAGAGCAGAAUACUUAUGUUUUAUAUCGUACUUUGGGUGUAGAGUCUAGUACUAAAAUACCAUCUGGAUAA